GUUACCUUGGAAGCGAGAGGAAACUCUGCAGGCAUUUGCACUGCAGGUUCGGCUCUGUGCUGGCUUGGAGGAAUGUGACAAAUACUCGGUUGGAUCACGGAAGUAAACAGCAAAACGCGCUACAGUACUGUUGACGGGAAAGUCUCCACGCGGAUGUUUUUGGUAUGAAAGUAUAUUUUUGACGUGAACGUUGGAAACCAUGUCCCAGCCACGGGUCGUGCAGUUGUCUCCGCCGUCGCUCGCGCUGGUCUUCGCUCAGGACAAGGAGAGCUCGAGGACCGCUUCCAGCGCAAGCGGUGGAGACAUUUUUGCGGAUUUUAAAGCGCAAAAUAUGCGCAGCUUCUGGAAUAAGAGACUGGUCAAAGCCAUGACAGAGGUUCACUUCCAGGGAUGGAUGGAGAAUUUUGUGCUCGUAGUCCAGGGGAACGCGAACCACCUGGAAGUGCUGCGGGAAGCGUGGAUGCGAAGAGCGCUGCGGUCUCCGCGAGGAUUUACCAUCCGCGCUGUGGGUGACCUCUCCCCCGUGCAGAUGGCUCCCAUCACGCAGUCCCAGUUCAUCCCUCUUUCUGAGGUGCUCUGCUCCGUCAUAUCCGACAUGAACACUGCUCAUACCACCGUCAGCCAGGAGGCGCUGUUCAGCCACAUGAUGAAGGCCUACCCAGGUAUGACCAUUCCCACCCAGGACAUCCUGUACAAUGCGUUGGGCUCGCUGAUAAAGGAGAGGAAGAUUUACCACACGGGGGAGGGCUACUUCAUUGUUACCCCGCAGACGUACUUUAUCACCAACAGCGUUGUGAAGGACAAGCACUGGUGGACCUCCGCUGAGAACGAUCCCCCCUCACCCCCUCCCAUCACCUACCUGGUGAGCAGUGAGAGCUGCGUGGAGAGCUCUGCACUGCCUCCCCCAGAGCCCCCCCCUGUGGCUCACUGUAAGUCCUGCAGCUGCUUCUCCACCUCUGCUCCAGACCAGCACUCCGUCACCGAGAGCACAGCCAGGAGCCUCAAGUGGCCCCGCGACCCCAAGCCCUCCAUCCAGCAUCAGGCCACCUCCACGGCUGCCCACUAUCAGCCCAGCGAGAUGAGCAAGUCCACCACCAGCCGCAAGGACAAGGAGAAGGACAAGGAGAAGGUGGGCCGCAAGUUCGGGCUCAGCUUCUUCCGCCGCAACGCAGGAAAGAAGGAGAAGCCUCGGAAGGAGUAUGCCACGUUCUCGGGACAGUUCCCCCCAGCAGAGUGGCCUGUUCGGGACGAGGACGAUCUGAACAACCUGCCACGCGACCUGGAGCAUGCCAUCAUCAGACGCAUCAACCCGGAGCUGACUGUGGACAACCUGGUGCGCCACACUGUCCUGAUGAAGCGGCUGGAGGAGAAGGGCGGUGAGAAGGCUGUUGACCGGGGAGUGUCCACAGAGAUCCUGGCCUCCAAGCAGGGGCACCCAUCAGACAAACCUGGCAAGAGGUCCACCUCCAGAACCCCCCGGAGCAAGAAGAGAGCGCGCUCCUCCAGAGAGAAGCAGAAGCAGAAGAGGAAGGGUUUGAGCCCCGAUGACCCAGGCCUGGAUCUCGGUCCUUCCCCCCGGGGCUUGGAGGUGGAUGAAACAGUCCCUCCAGCCCAUCCACAUUCUACUGCCGACCCCAAAAAUGUGUUAAAGAUGCGGAUUGAGAAUCCCUUCUUGAGCCGGUCAGGGCUGCAGAGGAAGCCAGAGGAGAGCCGGCAGACAGGGGGCAGCAAAGAGCACACAGGAUAUAGGUCAAAAUCCUGGGAUCCGUCCCAAAAUAAGAAACCCUUCAACACAACUGGGACACCACUGGCCACUAAGGACAGGUCCUGUGAGACAUUGGACACACAACCAGAGAAAGAGCUUCUUGGAGACUAUAGCUCCAGUUACCCGGAGACCAGCACCCUGAGAAUAGAAGACAAAAAUAAGAAGCUGACAGAGACUAAAGUGAGAGGCAGGGGCUUAAAUGAUCAUAAGGGGAAUGACACUAAAUAUAAGACCUCUCAGGAUGAGAACGCGCGGGGUAGAUUGCAUCAACAGUAUGCCCCAAGGCAGACUAACAUUGUUGACCUUCCUGCCCAUCCAGUUCUAACCCAAAUCUCCCAUCAGAUUAGUACAGCGGUCUCCCCGUAUGGGCCGAAUCCCAGCACUCAACACCUACUCGGCCUGUCUGCCCAACAGCAGCGGCCAGGUCACUACAGCUCACACACUCCACAGCCGCUAAAGAGCAGCGCCUCUCGGGCAGACUCGGGACAAACGGAGAGCGACAGCUUCACAGAUGAAGACCAGAUGCUCUACCAGAGGGAGGUAGAGGAGGACGAUGACGCCUGCAGCUCCCUCUAUCUGAAUGAGGACUCCAUGAACGAGGGCAGCGAGGUCAGCCACUCAGAAAGGAUCCUAUAUCAGCAGUCCUCUGCCGAGGGAGACGGGGACAGCACUUUUGUGGAGGGCGGGGUGCACCAGGGGUCUGUACUGGGAACCAAUCAACAAGUGGACUGCAGAUGGCAUGAGCCAAGUUCCCAGCAGCCCUCCAGCCUGUGCGUUCCUGCACGGGCUUCCCUGGCCCCACCGCGGCCCGGAGGAGAAGCAGAGCCCAGGGCAGUGUCUCUGAGCGGCGCACCGGGAGCCUGUCAGGGUAGCGAGGUGGAUUCGGACACAGAGACUCUGCACAGGUCAGCUGAUGAGGCAGAGCUCCAGGGGGCUGCCGGGAGCCCCUGUCCUGCCGCAGCCAAUCAGAGUGUCCCUACAGGUGGUGGCACAGGCGAGGCAGUGGAAAACCACAGCAGCACAGGAGACAGUGGGAUCGACUCUCCCAGGACGCAGGGGAGCCUGGCCUCCAGCGGUGCUGGGAUCGCAGACGGGUUGAAGCAGCAGGUCUUCCUUCAGGACCUGGAGAAGCUGCACUCCCGGCACUCACAGAAGUCCUUACUGCAGCUCACGCCCACCAUGAACGUUUGAACACUGCCACUCUGCGAGGGUCCACAGUCCUGCCUGCCUACUGUACAAAUGUAAAUGUAUCCACUGUGUAUAAAAAUUUAAAAUGGUCCAGUAUCCAUAUCCUAUGUUGUGUAUUUGCAGACCUGUGCAUGACUUAUAGUUCAGGUAAAAUACUAUUUUUGUAUUCUUAUGCCAGAGGGACAUUUAUUUCUGAUAUUCUAAGGAUAUUUUGAGAGCUUAAAACCUGAAAUGAGUUCAAUAUUUUAUCAGUACUGACUUUUCAUGUUGACAUUUGUCAGGAAUUAAAAUACAGCAAAAUAGCCA